GUCGAACGGGCACGACAGAAAAGGAUGCCCGAGGGAAGAACAACGACGCUUCCACAGCGCCUUGCCGUCCUCUUAGCAGCCAAGGACAAGACGUCGGCACCGUUGCUGGCUCUGCUCCAGCACGUACACGACGGUGUGCAGGAGGUGGUGAUGGUGCAGCCCUUGGAUCCGUUUCGAUACAUGGCUGCGUACUUGCAGCACACUGUACACACACAAUCUCAUGACAAUCGUGGCUUACUGUAGCAACGAUUUUGACUAGAUGUCGCUGGACGUGGAGCUCGAAGAAGUUGCUCUGACCAAGGAACUCCAUCGCAAGCAAAUCGCGCUAGGGAAGCUGCGCUUGCAGGUGGCCCAUCUUCGCCAUAUCCGGCUCGCGAGUCUACGCGACUGUUUGGUCUGCGAAGCCGACCUUUGUGUGGACGCCACCGACUCAGUCGUGACCCCCGACGACCACACGUUUCUCCUGCCAGAGCCGCAGAAAACUCAAGUCGAUUGGUGUCCGCCCACGUUGCCCUUGUCAGUCAACGAAGACGCCUCCACGUCCGUCCAUUUUGCAGCCAUGGCCAGCGCCAACACUCAAGCAGUUCUCGAGUUUUUCCUGCCAGAGUGCUUGGAUGCAGUGGUUCAACUUGGCAAUGCCAACCCGCCAGACCCAUUGCACUGGCUUGUCCACCACUUUUACGCCAAGUCCACAGCAACCCAAUAUCAACUGGCUGCACUCAAGGCCACGUUGGGCAGCUAUCGAUGGUACCUCGACCAAGUUCGAGACGCAGUCCCCGUAGCCGAGGCUAACACCCACGCCGCCACAUCAAAACAAGUAUCGCUACGAGCGCAACUAGCGGAACGCAAUCGACUUGUGCUGCAUUUGAGUGUGACUCAUAUGGUUCGUCGAAGCGACAUCAAUAUGAAAGGUCGACAAGUGCUGGUGGAUCGUGAAAAACUCUGGAUUCCCCUCGACUGUAUUGAGCCCAUCCAUCGGUUCACACCCUUUCAAUUGCAAGCGCUACACCGUGCGGAAACCCUGUUGAUGCUAGCGGACGAAGUCUCAUACAAGGCCAAACUCCAGUUUGACCUGGAAUAUCGCAGCGCCACCAUGAUCCAAGCCAUGUACAAGUGCCACGUAUUGUAUCAUAUCCACAAGACCGUCAUGGCCGGUCGGCAUGCCGCCGCCGCGCACAUCCAGCGCAUUUACGAGCGGUACUUAUACUCCAAAGCCAUCCGGUUGCCGGCAUGGUGUGUGCUGGGCCAACAAGUGAUGGUCGCUAUGCCCAUCGCCCGGCGAGCAGCGAUUUGGUUUCAGUUUUACGCGGGUAAGGACUUUUCUUCUGGGAAUUUCUCGACGGUGCCAGCAGCCCCCCUCAACGUCCUCGAGCACCGAUGUCGGCAAGAUGACAAGUGCGCUGCAUUCGCCUCGGACGGAUCCCUCAAACGCUUUGUGCCGCGGCAGCUGUCGCAGCUGCAUGCACUCAACCCGCCCGACGGCAGACCUCUGGACAUGCGCGUGGAUGGGUUGUACAUUAAGCGUAUUCCUCGAGACGACAGCGAAGUGACGACUCAUGCAAUUGUGACGAGGAUUCCCGUCGACAAGUUUGGCCCUGUCCAAGUAGUGUUUGAUGGCACGGGGGUAAUAGAAGACGUCCCUGUGCACAAGCUGUCGGUGCGGUGGACACACGCGUAUGAUAUGAGCGCUGACACGUGGCACUUUGUGGAUGCCGUAACCCAAAUCAAGGCCCCGGUCGCCCCCGAGCCGUUUGGAGAUGCCGACAGUCGUCAACGGGAGAUUGACGGUCGAAAGAGGUCGUACGCGAUGGAGCGGGAUGCUGACUACAUGGCCAAGAAACUUCAAAGUGCCAUCACGCUGCAAUGUGCCUAUCGCAACCGAAAAGCCCGUCAGUUGUUCCGGUUCAUGGUCGCGCUCCGUGAAAAGGAAAAGUUGCAUGCUGCCAAGGUCGAUCAAGUCGCCCUCGACGUGGCGAAAAAAAGGCACAAAAAUAAGCAACGCCGGUGGUGGUUUGGCCGGAAAUAACUUUUUUAUUGUGAAAAAGUUGUUUUUUCGUCAAAUGCAGGGCACAUUUAUAACAAUGGCCACGUCCC